CGGGGCUGAGGCGUUGCUAGGCACGCACGGAUCAGAGCGCCGCGCCGCCCGCUCCACACCGCGCAGCGCCUGAACGGCAAUCAUGAGUGAUCGAAAGGCAGUGAUCAAAAAUGCGGACAUGUCAGAGGAGAUGCAGCAAGACUCGGUGGAAUGUGCUACUCAAGCCUUAGAGAAAUACAACAUUGAGAAGGACAUCGCUGCUCACAUAAAGAAGGAAUUUGACAAGAAAUACAAUCCCACGUGGCACUGCAUCGUGGGAAGGAACUUUGGAAGCUAUGUGACUCAUGAGACCAAGCAUUUCAUCUACUUCUACCUUGGCCAAGUGGCUAUUCUUCUUUUCAAGUCUGGUUAGAACCAUGGACUGUUACUGAAACUUGCACCUGGGUACAGGACUGCACACUGAAAACCUUCAGCCUUCCUCGGGAAACAGAUCUUGAUCUUCAGGUCUUUUGUUGUAUUGUUAAUGGUCAGGGAUUUUGCUGUAGCAGCUGGUAUUUUCAUUGUGGCUAUAUAAAAAAGCAAAAGUGUCUUCCUUGUAUUUAUUUUCUUUCAAAAGAUGGCUUCUUUGCUAAUAAAAUUGUUGGAACAAGUUUA